AUGAAUUACGCUGAAUACUAUAUUAAACAAAAUAUAUUAUCAUUAAAUAUCCAAGUAAAUAUUUUAUCUAAAUCCUUAUUUAAUGAUUUAAUAAUAUCAAAAAAUUUAAUAAAUCACAUUAAAGCUUAUGUGAUAAUUAAAAAAAAAGAGAAAAUAAGAAAUUUUAAUUUAUAUAAAAUUAAGUUACAACUAAUUUAUAAUAAUACGAACAGGCAUAUAUUUUUAAAAAAAAAUACAAGACAGAUAAAAUCAAAUAUUACUACUAUAAAAGAUGUUGAAAAGAAAGAAGUGAAUUUUUGUGAAGAAAAAUAUUUGAAUUACAAUAAUUCUAAUCAAAAAGAGAAAAAUAUUUUCAAUAAUAAAGAUAAUAAUAAUUCAUAUAAAAAAAUUACAUAUUAUAAUAAUGAAAUAAAUAAAUUAAUUAAUGAAAGUAGUAAUGAAAAUAAUUACAAUUUAUCAGCAAAAAUAGAAAUAAAGGAAAGAAAAGUAGAAAAUGAUAAAAAAAAAAAAGAUAGUACAGAGUUUCUAUUAAAUACAUCAGAAAGCAUAUUGCAUGAUAGCAUUUCUAUGAAUAAAAUAAAAAAAUUAAAUGAAGAAAAUGAAGUAGAUUAUUUUGAUAUAACUGAUGUAUUAAGAGAAAGAAACAUUUUUACAAAAGAUUUUCAUUUAUUUGAAAAAAAAUAUUUUUGUAAAUAUAUAUGUUUACCCUCUAUGUUAUCUAUAUUAAAUGUAAACAUAAAAUCAAUUCAUUUUGUAUUAGAUAAAAAAUUGAGUAUACACCUACUAUUGGAUAUUACGGUAAAUAGAAAAAAUAAUAGUUUUUUUGAAAUAAAUAAAAAUAAAGAAUUAGAUGAUAUGUUAAAAUUAAAAAAAAAUAUUAUACAAUGCAAAUUUUGUAAUUCUAAUAUUAUUUCAUAUUCAAAUAUUAAUUUUAUAAUUCCACACAUAUAUUUAAACAUAAAUAAUUUUUUUGAGCAUGCAUUUUGUGAGGAAUGCACAACAUUUUCUUAUGAUAAUUUGAAGGAUAAUGACAAUAAUAUAUUAAUUUUUUCUAAUUAUUUAUCAUUUAAUUUUAAUUUAAUAAAAAAUAGCGAAUUACUUGUCAAAAAGCAAUCAAUUGAAAAUUUUAGGUAUAUGUUCUUUUGUAAUUUUUGCUAUAAUUCACUAGGUUAUCUAGAAAAUGAAAAUGAAAACACUUAUUCUUACACAAAUAAAAAUAUUUAUGAUAAUAUAAAAUUUUUAUUCUUUAAUUCUACUAAGGAAAUGGAUAGAAAGAAAUAUAUAAAACUUGAUAAAUUAUUAUUAAACUCUCUGAAAUCAUAUGCAAAUAUUGUUGAAAAAAAUGGAGAGCAAAUAAAAAGUACUAAUGGAGAAUAUUAUAGUGGUUUUGCAACUGAAAAUGCUAAUGGCUUAAAAGAAGAAUUCUCAGAUAUUCAAACAAAUAUAAAAAAAGAAAAUAAUUUUUUAAAUAAAAAUAUAGAGGAGAAAAAAAAAAAAAAAAAUAAUAUUUUUAAUUGUAAUGAUAAUAAAAUAGACCAUAAAUUAAAAAAUAUAAAAAAGGAGGAUAAUUACUAUAAUAAUUUAAAAAUUUAUUUAUUUAAACAUAAAAUUAAAGUACUAUUAAAUAAUGAAAACAUUUUUCAUAAUUACACUGAUUUAUUAUUUCUUAAUGAAUACAUGUUUAAUAAAAGUGAAAAGUAUAAUAUAUUUUUAUUUUAUUUAAAAAAUGACAAAAAAAAAAAAAUCAUAGAAAUAAGAAUAUUUAUAAAAAACAUAUACAUUUCUAAAAUUUCAGAAAUAAAAAAAUAUGAAAAUUUCUUAUUUUUUCAAAAAGCGAUGAAAAUAUUAUAUUGUCUAAGGAAAGAAAAUAAAAUAAAACAAGCAAAUUAUGAAUUAAUAAAUGUUUCAAAGGAAAUAUAUGAAGAUAUUCUUAAAAUGUUGAUUAAUUAUUCUUAUAAAUCUGAUAUUUUUCAAAAUAAAUUCUUUUCAUAUCUUCAUUUAGUACAAUAA